CACUAAUCCCUACACACUGGACUGGAAAAUGACCGUAAUAGGUCGGUUUACGAUUGUGUCAACGUGCUCACGUUUGCACUGACAUUAGCAGGGGGCAUCAACCAGUUCGUUCUCAACUCCAGCAGCUUUUCGGAAGGGGAGCGCCACAACUAUUUUUUCAGCUUCUCCGUGCCGUGUAUCUUCUUACACUUUCCGUAGUGUGGGCCUAUUUGUGAUGAUCAUCGUCCAAGCCAUAAGCGCAAUCCGCGUGUUCUUUGUCGUGUUUGCAGCAGGUAUUUUGGCUUUCACGAUCGCGAUCAUGCAUUUGCUCCGAGGUUGCGCUUCUAGCAGCUGCCAAACGCCAGCCACCAGUUUCCCGGACCAGUUCUAUGAGGCUAUAUCAGCGACCUAUUUUUUCAUGAGCGGUCGAUAUGACUCAGUCAGUGAUGACUUCAAUUCUGACAACUGGGCUUUUCACUUCAUGAUGAUUGUCUACUUCUUGUUCACUGUCAUCAUCAUGCUCAACGUACUGAUCGCGUUAAUUAACGUGGCCUUCAAUAAGGACGAUGAAACUUGGCUCCUGGUUUGGCGGAAAAACAGACUGCAUUAUAUUGAGAGUGCAGAAAGAUUGAGCCACAGAAUCCCAGACGAAAUCACCGUUACUGGUUCCCAAAAGAAAUUUACUACUCAGCCAUCCCAGAACAAGUCAGAGCGUACAGAAAAAAAUAUUCCGAGAAAAUGGCGAACGGGGACUCUGAUAUUACGGAUGGAUCUCAGGACCUAUUUGACGAUUUUUCUUCAGAGAAGGCUACUGCUGCUGAUAUUGCGUCUGCCUCGGCAUCAGUUGAUGUAUCAUCGUCGCCAAACGAGAAUCCGGCGACAUUUGCAAAGACUGAAGCUGCCAAGGACGCAGUAUCGGCCAUGAAGCAGAAAGUGAAAGCAGAGCUGGAGUCCCUACAACAACUGAAACAAAAGGUGUGGCAAC